AUGCACGCCCUCAUCUCCCUCUUGGCGGCCCUCGCCCUCCUGGCCACCUCGGCAGAUGCCAAGGCCAAGCCCCGCGACGCCAUCCUGCUCUCACAGGUCGAAUCCCUCACCCUCCGCGCAGACCGGCAGACCAGCCACCGCCGCGUCCCCGCCGUCCCGCAGCUCAAGUGCGUGUCCUCCAAGGGCAUCUGCUCAAAGUACCAGAUCGACGUGCUUCGCUGCGAGAACAAGGGCUCCGGCUACGACAGCGAGGACAUCCAGUGGAGCUGCACCGCCUCGCUCCCGCCAGAGCUGAAGCUCGGGUCCACGGAUGUGAUCUGCGAGGGAUACGCCUCCCCGGACGACCCGUACGUCCUGAAGGGCAGCUGCGCCGUGGAGUACCGCAUGGCCCUCACUCGCGAGGGCGAGGAGAAGUGGCCUGACCUGGGCGGUGGCGGAGGAGGAUACGGCAGCGACGGCGGGGCAGGCCUGGUGGGCUGGGUUUUCUGGGUCAUCUUCUUCUCUGUCCUGGCGUUUAUCGUCUACAAUGCCUUCGUCAACGCCCAAAGAGGCGGCGGCAAUGGUCCCCGGCCGAGACAGAACAACGGUGGCGGUUACUGGGGAGGAGGAGGGGGAGGUGGUGGCGGUGACGAUUUUGGGAACGACGACCCGCCGCCACCUUACCCCGGCACGAACAACAGCGGGAAGCCCAGGCGCUCAGGAGGAAGCAGUACACAGCGAGGAAACAACGCACAACAGGGUUGGCGGCCGGAUUUCUGGAGUGCUGCCGGAGGAGCAGCAGCUGGAGCAGCGGCGGCGUAUGGUGCUGGGAGGAUGGGUAGGAACAACAACAACAACACCCGCGGGAAUGGAGUCGGUUACGGUGGAGGGAACUACGGGAGCACCUGGGGCAGUGGAGGAGGGAGCCCGUCGAGGUCCGGGUCGUCAGGGUCAAGCAGCGGUUCCGGCGUGAGCAGUUCUCGCCACGAGAGCACGGGCUUCGGCUCGACAAGUCGUCGCUAG